UAGAAAAUCAUUUUGUCCUCCUCAAAUUCGCCCAAUUCUUUCUGCAAAAUUCUAUUUCUGCAAAAAUUAUCCUUGAUAGUCUUUCCUGUGAUAAUAUAUCUGGCAAAUAAAGACACAUACAUUUGAUAGCCAUGGAAGAGGAAGAAGAAAUUUGUAGAGUUUGUCGGUCCGAAGGCACACCUGAGCAACCGUUAUUUCAUCCCUGUAAAUGCUCUGGAAGCAUUCGCCAUGUGCAUGAAGACUGUCUAUUAGAGUGGCUAGAGCAUAGCAACAAGAGACACUGCGAACUUUGUAAACACAACUUUGCAUUUACGCCAAUAUAUUCUCCUGAAAUGCCUGUGGCGAUACCGAAGCGCGUAUUGAUUGGCAGGGCAAUCGAAAGGCUGAUAAAAAUGAUAUGUAUAAUCUUACGAGGCAUCCUUGCAGCUGUGAUCUGGCUUGUCAUAUUACCAUACUUUACGAUAUGGAUAUGGCGCCUUUAUUUCUGGAUUGGAGAAACCUUUGCAUUCAGAGCCAACGGACUGGAGCCUCCGAUAUGGAAUUCGACUUCAUUCUUUGCCGCACAACACAAUAUAAGUUCUGCAGCUCCAACCCCAGCAACUCCACUUAAAGGCAUAUCUUUAUUCUUCUCCCAGUCCUUUACAUCAGAGCACCAAUGGAUCAUCAAGUUUAUCCUAGAUUGCUUUGAGGGUCAGGUUAUCAGUUCAGUUGUUGUUGUAGUCUUCGUUGCUCUAUUCCUGCUCCAUGAAUGGGUCGUCCAGAAUCAAGGCAACGAAGGGGUACGAAUAGCUCUAGAUGACCUCGCAGCCCCAGUUGUAGAAGUAGAGCCUGAGGCGCAUGGAUUCAACGUGGAGCAUGCAGUAGAACGCUUCAUUGCAGCUCAGCACCAUAUAGAAGCUGUGGUUGAAGGAGAAACUGACCAUAGUGAUGAUGACGAAGAUAAUGACCAAGGAAAUCAGUCAAAUUCAUCCCAGUCACCUUCAACAGAGCAAAGAAACCUAGCAGAAUCUCGAUAUUUGCAAAAUACUAGAUGGGACGGAGGCAACUCAACUUUUCUGGAACAACAACCGCGUUUCAUUUGGGAGCCAGAAAACACAAAUGGAAGCUCUUCAUCAGAUUCGCUAACAGCACCAAGUCUUGUCCCUACGUCCAUAAGACCGCCACCUGAUGAGCUAGUUUCGACCUUGGGAUCAUCCUCAGUAAGACGAGAGGUACGGCCGAGCAAUGAAAGGACCUUCUCAUCAGACCCAACAACAGGUAUUUACGCAUCUACACCUACUGUUGAUCGGGGAGGACGUAGACCGGGAAUGUUGGAAGAUCGUGUGAAUCAAGGGAUAACAUUUCGAGCGCCAGAAGAUAUGCGAAUCCCAGAAGGGGUACUCAGUGCUGCGCCCCGUGUCGGAUAUGUCUACGAUCCCUCUAAUCAAACAUUUUAUCCUGACACACGUUGGGUGUCCUCUCCCUUAGGAUCGGCGUCACCAGCAUUAAAUGACAUUGCUGAAAGAACUGGUACAUCAAAUUGGAUGUCACCAUCGCAAAAUUCUUUAUCAGAAAUCAAUGCCGAAAGCUCAUCAAGCGCAUCACUUCAUGUGCGGAACAGAGAUAGCGAGCUUAUUUGCUCUAGAGAUGGAGCCCCUCUUUACUGGAAGCCUGAGAUCCCAUUGACAUAUGCAAAUAUUUAUUUGAACGAAGACGGAAGCCAAAUGAGCUUUUCAGAAAAAGAAGCUCGCUUUAACGACCUUUCCAAAAUUGCAGACUUGAAACCUAUUGACGGUUCCCAACCUUGGCUAAUAAGACAAUCGACACAAGGUGCCAUUUUCAAUCAACCACAGCAAUCGAACUUAAAUCAACAACAAGUUUUGGAUGCUGGACAAGGGCUUGUUCAGCGGAUCAACGAGCGUGGCAUACGAGUACGGAAUCGCCAUGGCAAUCCAGCACCGCGAGAACCGAACGUAGCACAAGCAGUGGAUGCACCACGAGUCCCUCGUUUAUUCCAUCCAGCACCAAAUGCUCCUGUAGUCCCAGCUCCAGCUCCAGCUCCAGCUCCAGCCUUAGCUCCAGUGCCAGUCCCAGUUGCACGGGAUGACGAGCCAGAUGAUAUCAAUAUGGAGGACCUUGAUGGUAUUCUAGAGAUCAUUGGGAUGCAUGGCUCACUUUGGACACUUAUUCAGAACUCAUUAUUGAUGUCAGCCUUGAUUUGCGCCAGCAUUGGACUCGGUGUCUGGGUUCCUUUUAUGAUUGGCAAGACUAUCUUGCUCAUGAACCUUUUUAAUUUUCUUCGAAUGCCCCAUGUGCUACUCAGUCGGCUUACCGACCCGAUUCUUGACUAUAUUUUUGAUCGAUUCUUGCCACAUGCAAAUUUAACUUUUUCAACGGUGAUUGAGACACUCAACACAAAAAUCCUACCUCGGACGAUUUCACGGACUGGAUCAUAUUUUGGCAGUAGAGCAUUGGAACCAUUGACGUUGGUAUAUGAAAAUUAUUUAUUACCGAUGUGGGAUGCUAUCAUUAAGCUCAGUACAUCUGGUACGCUACAUAGCACUUACAUCAAAGGUGCAGCCACAGAAAAUGUCGAAGAAUUUACCCUUGACGGAACGGCUAAGCAUAGCAUCAAUGGUGAUAUUACUACCAACGCUACUGUGGUACACCAUAUUGUUCGCAAGUGGAACGAGCUGGCAUAUGGAAAUACUUCAAGUGACAAACUUGCUGCGAUUGUUAUUGGCUAUGUGGCUCUGUUUACUCUUGCAUCAUGGUACUUCGCGCACACACGAGAUGCUGAUGGACAUGGUAUUUCAAGAGCCAUAAGGAACGUUCUUCGCCAACAAGGCUUGAUUCUUAAGAUAGCCUUUUUCAUUGCAAUGGAGAUGAUAGUUUUUCCGCUCUUCUGUGGAAUUGCAAUCGGUCUGUCGACCUUCCCUUUAUUCAAUGGGGCAUCCAUUGCCACACGGAUAGCAUUCUACAACAUGUCGCCGAACUGGUCGCUUAUCAUGCACUGGCUUGUGGGAACUGCAUUCAUGUUCAAUUUUUCAUUUUUUGUUGGGCUCUGCCGUCGUAUGGUGCGGCCAGGUGUCAUGUGGUUCAUUCGCGACCCGAACGAUGAAGGCUUUCAUCCAAUCCGCGAAAUCCUAGAACGACCUGUUUUACUCCAGCUACGUAAAAUAGGCUCAGGGGCGGUCAUGUAUUUCCUAUUGAUUCUUCUUAGCGUGGCAUUCACAAUUCACUCAGUGAAUUUGUUGAUGAAAGGGGUUUUACCAUUACGCUGGCCGGUUGAUGAACCUAUCUCGGAUCUUCCAAUAGACAUGUUACUUCUCCAUCUAGUAUUUCCUCUGACCGCCCGUUGGUUGAACCCAACAGACCGUCUAAAAAUCCUUUUCGCAGCUUGGUGGCGCAAACUGUCGCACUGGCUGAGGUUGAGCUCAUUCAUGUAUGCAGCUGAUGGCCAACGCUUCUAUGACGAAGAGGGACACAUUGUUUACCGUAGCUGGAAGGCAUGGCUGUUGUGCUGGCGUCCGCCUAUUCCUGACGUGGAUAGUGCAGACAAUGAGAUAGUUGCCAGCGGCGAAGAGUUAGGUCUUGAAUCUCCUGUAAUCUUUGUACGGGAUGGCGGUUUCCUCCGUGUACCAAAUACAGACCGCAUUUUCUAUCUGAAAAACCGCCGCGUAUUAGUUCCUGUUGAUGAGAACGGAAAUGCAUUGGACCCUAAUGAAGACCUUCCAGGAGAGAUUGAUCCGCUGAUGGAACUGCAGGUGCGCCGUCGAGAAGGACUUAUUAAUCCUAAAGAGAAUACAAUUAUUGUUUAUGCCCCGCCCCAUUUCAAACAGAGGUUGAUCGCGUUUAUCGUCUUCCUCUGGAUGUCUGUGGCCGCCUUUUCGGCUCUCUCCAUUGUCAUUCCGAUGGUCCUUGGCAGGGCCAUUUUUGCGUUGAAGACUAAGCGACACGUCCAUGAUAUCUACUCGAUUCUUGUGGGAGUUUACUUUUUGCGUGGCCUCUGGUGUUUGCUGGAAUGGACAGUGAAUAAGGUGCAGACGAUCAGCUCCCAGGGACUACAGCCAAUCGACCCCAAAGCUCAGCUUAGAGUCGUAUGGGAUUUGAGCAAGGCAGCAGCCAAAGUACUCUAUUUUGGAAUCGUAUUUGGGGCUAUAAUGCCGUUUAUUUUAGGUUUUUUAAUGGAGUUGUUUGUUGUACUACCAUUGCGCCAUGCAGUCGAGGAUGAGACAAACAUGAUCUUUGUUGUCAAUUGGGCAGUUGGAUUGCUUUACAUGAAGAUUAUACAUCGGGUCUUAAGUGUAAUACCCAAUAACCAGUUUGCAGCUGACAUCAAUCGCGUCUUUGUGGGAACUAAUAUCCGCAAUUGGGAUGCGGCACUUGCGACCCGUCGAUUGAUUUUCCCUGUCUUAGCCGUAUCAGCUCUCGCCGUUGGCGGGCCUCUGUUUUUGGCAUGGAUUUCCGCUGAGAGCCUUGGGUUGACAGGUGCUGCCCGAUUGAGGAUGUUCAGGCAAUCAUAUCCGGUCUCUAUGGCUAUUGCAUUAAUAGCCUUUGGAGUCAAAGAAAGCCUGGUCAUCCUGCGAGGCUGGAGUCAAUAUGUUCGUGAUCAGGAGUAUCUCGUGGGACGACAGCUUCAUAACCACCAGGAUGAGGAUGAGGAACAACCACAACCGUUGCAACCUCAGCAGGAGCUAACAGAAACACUACAAGAUAUUACCCAGUUACAUGAUGAAACUGGUUUGCCAGACUCAUCAAGACUAUCAUCACUAGAAUCACAAGGUCAGAAUGGCUCUAACCUGAAUGAAGAUCCGUUAACAUUGGCUGAUCAUGAUGGAGCCUCAGUAGCAAAAGAACCUCAGUAUCCACCACUACUACGUUCUCAUUCAGGACUAGUAAGGGAUCCAUUGAUCGCAUCCGAGUUAAUAGAUGAGGAAGAAGGAGGGUCAAUCGCUCAGCGAACACGACUCCGGAGAAGUCGGCGCCUUCAGGCGCAGGAGGAGACAAUAAACGAUAGUUAGAAUAGCUUUAACCUUAGACGCUAAAUAAUCACUCGUCGAUGAUUCUCCUGCUACCCGUUUUUUAACUUUAUGAGUAAAGGAAAGAGGCAAGUCAGUUUUCAUUAUUGAACGGGGUCCACUAACAAGCAACACACGUUAGAGUGACCUCGCCCUUUGGUGAGGCAUUACCUUGCUAUUUUACAAACAGUACAUGUAGAUUCACAUUCUAUUAUAAAG